AUGGUGAAUUUCGAUCACGAUCAUCAUCUUCCCCGAUGGGUUCAACCUUUGCUAACAGAGAAAUUCUUCAAUGCCUGCUUAAUUCAUGACCAAUCCAAGAAAAAUGAAAAGAACAUCUUUUGUUUCCAUUGUUGUCAAGGAAUUUGUACCCAUUGUUCUUCCCUGCAUCCUUCUCAUCGUCUUCUUCAGAUUCGAAGAUACGUUUAUCAUGAUGUUAUUCGGCUUCAAGAUGCCCAGAAAUUGAUCGACUGUACAUUUCUUCAAGCUUACACGACCAACAGUUUGAAAGUUGUGUUUCUUAAUCAUCGACCUCAAAUUACUCGAACAUUUCGAAUCUCCGGCGGUAGUUCUUGCCUUACCUGCGAUAGAGCAUUGCAGGAACCUUUUCUAUUCUGUUCAAUCUCCUGCAAGAUUCACCAUAUGGUAAUGGAAACAACCCAUGAAUCGAAUUUCAUUACAUUGCCGGAACUGGAGCCGGGUUUUGAAGAUGAACAGUUGACACCGGAUUCGGUUAUGGAGACGAGUUCGAUUAAUUCUUCUAGUUCAAGCAGUGGUGGUGGUGCGGCGGCGGCGGUGGAGGUUGUUAGAAAGAAGAGGAGUAGUGUCCCGGCUUUGAGGGCGGCAGCGGCGGCGGCGGUGAUUGGGAAGAUGAAUAGUUCGCCGGCGGUGGCGUCGGGAAUGAUGAACAGUCGCCGGAAAGGAAUGCCGAAGAGGUCACCAUUUUUUUGA